GAACGACGUACGCAUAUCGGGCGAGCCUUGCACUAUAAGCCGCUUGUGUAGCCCAAAGUCGCUGUCAGUUGCGUCGCCUAGACCGCCUCCUUUUACUAAAGAGCGUGUUGUCCCAUGGUAUCAUGUUUGUCCUAAGUAAGUCGGGCCCUUGGGCCUCUGUGAUUUCUACCAUCGUCAGCCUCAGGUUCGUCUCAGCUUCUUCAAAUGUCAGAGCAAGGCACAGCACGGUGAAUGUUCAGUUUUCAGAUCUACAGACCCAUCCCAUCUCAUGCGGCUUCGUAUUACGCGUUCCUCGGUCCAAGAUGAUUGGCAAAUCAAAUAUCAGGCUCAUUGGCAUCAUUGUAACCCUGCUAUGCAUGGGCACAGUUCUAACUGACUGGCUCAACAUUUUGCGUGCGAGACAUCUCGAGCUGGAUCUCCAGCCCAAUCGUAAAGUGGCGCAGAAACAAUCCGACAUCGCCCAGUCGACCAUUGGAAAGUUGUCCAUGCUCUAUGGCGAACCCAAUCCUCUAUACGAAAGAGCACUAGCCGCGCACUUGCCGCACAAUCAAAAGUUUGGCUACAAGAUGUAUGUGCUGCGUGAAAAAACAUUACCUGGAUAUUGGUCGAAGCCAGCCUACAUUCUGAAUCAGUUACUGAUUGAGCUGGCCCUGCCCGAGGAGGAAAGACUCGAGUGGCUAGUGUGGUUUGAUGGUGAUAUAGUCUUGAUGAACCCCAAGAUACCAUUAGAAAUUUUCCUCCCGCCGAAAGAGAACUGGAGUCACAUUCACGCGAUAGUGACCAAUGACCAUAGAGGUCUGAAUAAUGGCGUGUUUUUCCUACGAGUACAUGAGUGGUCCGUUUGGUUUAUGACAGCAUGUUUGGGGACCGAGAUUUUCGACCCAGAUAUCGAUCUCCAGUUUGGUGAUCAGUCUGCGAUGGGCAUGUGGGUCAAAGAGGACCGAUUCCGACCAAAUAUUAUGCAUGUGCCCCAACGAUGGUUCAACGCAUAUGCCGGCUACCGAGGCGACAAUCUUGGCCAGUACUCUGAUCCAUUAGCCCCCCCAACCAAGUUCAAGGCAAAUUCCAUUAAAGAAGGGGACCUUUUGGUACACCACGCAGGAAACAAAGCGCUGCGUACUCAGCGUAUGAGCCCAUGGAUGGAUAUCGCCGAACAACACCUUCCGCAAUGGGAACUUGACCUUGAUGAUACCGGGUACGAACAGGAGAUUCGAGACUUCUGGGAAGUGGAGGCUCCAAAGGAAGAGAAGAGGGUUGAUACCCAAAUAGAAAAGGAAGACAAAUUGGAGGAGGAAAGGCUCCGGCGAAAGCAGGAAAAGGCUGAGGCAGCCCAGAAAAAGAAAGCUGAAGCCCAGGAAGCUGAAAGAGAAAAGCAAGAGACUGACGAUGGAAAGAAAAACGACCAGGACCAGGAGGUCCAGGUGCAAGAAAGCAGUUGACCGCCUUGAAGUUUCCCUGAGGUCGAGUCCAACCCACUUAUUACGAAUCUAUGGUGAAGAUACGAACAAGAGGGUGCGAACAUCCUAUUCCGACAGGCAACUAGAAUUUGGCCAUCUAAGGCGCGUUUCCGGGCUUGUGUUGUUGACCUAGGAGGUAUAGUUGGCGCGUUUUUGUUGCAUCCUCGCUCCAUUCAUCCAGAGCCCAGAUAACGGUCGGCUGCAAGAGCUACAGGUGAACAGAGUUGAUUCGAGUCCGUUGGCCAGGUGGGAAUCUGUGAGACGGCACGAUACCACUAGAUGGCAGAUUGAAGAUGUCAGGAGUGGAGGAGUAUGAAUUGGCUACCAUUCACAUUUGAAAUUGCUCUCAGGUCGGGGUACUUGGAGUGACGAAUGUUGAAGCCAGGAACUUCAAAUAAGCAACUCGGUCUGCUUUUAUUGAGUUGUUUGAAUAAAGUACUACUUAAGUACCUAAGGUACUACUAGGUAUUUACUACCAGGUAGGUACUUAGAGUACCUGGCACUAACUAGAUAUCCAAGCAAUUAAGAAUUGAGGGGGGCCACUCAGCCACCUCGGCCAAGGGACCAUGGCCUCAGUCACCAGUGGUUGGUGCCCAAAGUCC